AUGUCAGACUUCUAUGAGAUCUCUGACAAGGGAACAACAUGGGAGCCAACAAGAAUAAAACAGGGACGUGCUUUAAACCGUCGGCCUGAUUGUUGGGCUGCCGGGCCUUUAACUCUGUUCUGUGUUCCAGUGUCAGACAUCAGACUGGUUCUAGUGGGGAAGACUGGAGUAGGGAAGAGUUCCAGUGGAAACACCAUACUGGGAAGAAGCGCUUUCAGAGCAGACGUCAGCCAGUCCUCAGUGAGCAAAGAGUGCUGCAAGCAGCAGGACAAGCUGUUCAGCAGGAUGGUGUCCGUCGUCGACACCCCCGGCCUCUUCGACACCUCUCUGCCUGAACCCGCCGUCAAGAGGGAGAUCUCCAAGUGCAUCAACAUGUCGGCGCCGGGGCCCCACGCCAUCCUGCUGGUCAUCAAGGUGGGACGCUUUACAAAAGAAGAAAGACACGCUGUAAAGAAGGUGGAGGAGAUCUUUGGAGAGGACGCCUGGAGGUACACCAUGGUCCUCUUCACCCACGGAGACGAGGUUCGGUCAGAUUUUCAUCAGAUGUUGGAGCGGGUGGGACCUGAGCUGAAGGAGAUCCUGAAGAAGGUGGGAAACAGGUACCACGUCUUCAACAACCUCAAAGCCGAUGAUCGCGGUCAGGUCCUGGACCUGCUGGAGAAGGUGGAGAAGAUGGUGGCUGGUAACGGAGGGCAGUUCUACUCCAACUACACCUACCAGCAGGUGGUGGAGAUGUUGGAUCAGAGAGAGUCUCAGCUCAGAGAGUUCUACCAGAAGAAACUGGAGCAGAAAAUCAAAGCUGUGGAGUCAGAGUACGAGAGGAAGCUGAUGGAGGCUCAGCAGGACCGACAGCAGGUGGAGGAGCGACACCAGGCGGAGCUGGAAGAAGUGAGGAGGUUCUACCAGGUUCUGGAGAGCGGAGCCCGCCAUGUCGUGGAGCAGAUGGCUGGAGAAGAUUCCUUUGAUGACAUCUGCAACAAGUUCUACCAGACCCUGAAACUCAGACGGGUCGAACUGAGCAGAAGUACUGAGAUGGCAGCGGCUCCGAUUCCCGCACCAGGGAGGACAAGGAGACAGAGUAUGGAUGAACCCAUAUCAGUGUCAGACAUCAGACUGGUUCUAGUGGGGAAGACUGGAGUAGGGAAGAGUUCCAGUGGAAACACCAUACUGGGAAGAAGCGCUUUCAGAGCAGACGUCAGCCAGUCCUCAGUGAGCAAAGAGUGCUGCAAGCAGCAGGACAAGCUGUUCAGCAGGAUGGUGUCCGUCAUCGACACCCCCGGCCUCUUCGACACCUCUCUGCCUGAACCCGCCGUCAAGAGGGAGAUCUCCAAGUGCAUCAACAUGUCGGCGCCGGGGCCCCACGCCAUCCUGCUGGUCAUCAAGGCGGGACGCUUUACAGAAGAAGAAAGAGACGCUGUAAAGAAGGUGGAGGAGAUCUUUGGAGAGGACGCCUGGAGGUACACCAUGGUCCUCUUCACCCACCGAGACGAGGUUCGGUCAGAUUUUCAUCAGAUGUUGGAGCAGGUGGGACCUGAGCUGAAGGAGAUCCUGAAGAAGGUGGGAAACAGGUACCAUGUCUUCAACAACCUCAAAGCUGAUGACCGCGGUCAGGUCCUGGACCUGCUGGAGAAGGUGGAGAAGAUGGUGGCUGGUAACGGAGGGCAGUUCUACUCCAACUACACCUACCAGCAGGUGGUGGAGAUGUUGGAUCAGAGAGAGUCUCAGAUCAGAGAGUUCUACCAGAAGAAACUGGAGCAGAAAAUCAAAGCUGUGGAGUCAGAGUACGAGAGGAAGCUGAUGGAGGCUCAGCAGGAGCGCCAGCAGGUGGAGGAGCGACACCAGGCGGAGCUGGAAGAAGCUCAGGUAGGUGACGGGGUGCAGGACGGCCAGGUAGCGCUCCACACAGGUGAGCACGUGGAGUAUUAUCUGGCCGCCGAAGUGCAUGGAGAGCAGGCAGACCCCCAGAAAGACCACCAGAGGCAGGCCGGCGUGGAGGCCCCAGCAGGUGGAGGUCGCGCCCACGACGCUCGUCAGCGUCAUGACCACCAUGUUGUAGGUGAAGACGUCCGAGUGGCUCGUCUUCACACCGGAACGCUGCCGCCGCCGCCGCCGCCGCCGCCAGCCCAGGUGGAGCACGAAGACGCAGAGAGGGAGGAGGACGAGGAUGCUGACGAUGGCGAGCUUCACCUUCCAGCUCAGCUCCUUCCUCACCCCGAUGGUCUGGUACAACGUCUGCAUCACCGCCGACGCUCCAUCAGUCCAUCAGUGCGUCUCACGCUACAGUUUCCCGUCACUGGGAACAACAUCCUCAGACACAUAAACUCUCUCAGAGGAGCAGCACCUCCUCCAGCCCGGUGGUCUGAUCCACCGCUGGCCUCGGACCUGGAGCUGCUGACUCCCACCAUGACCACCUCACACUCAGCUGCUGUAGUGUGCCCUGAAGGUUGUGGUCUGAAGAAGCCGACAGAACCACAUCAUCUGCAAAAACCUUGGGGGACAAAACUCGACCUGAAGGAGCUUCCUGACAGCUGCAGGACCAACCGGGACAUCUCUGAGAGUCAGGACUUGGAGGAGACACAUCGACUGGACUCUACUGGACACAGAACUGUGUCGACAACGUCACUGCCAACAGACACGUCCAGGUGCUUCCCAGUCAGAAGCUCUGGAUGA